CGUUUUAGCACACGGUGCGUGUAACGCAUGUGUUGAUAGGUCAGCUGUAUAUAUACGUGUCAGUGGAAAUGUAAACUUUAACUGAAUCGAAAAAACGGCUUGAGAUAUAAGAAUGGAUUCGUUUUAAUUACUCCUUUAGCAAAUUAACGACAACGCCCCCUGCAAUGGAGAACAUCCAGAAUCUCCCUAUUGACAUCCAAACUUGUAAACUGCUGGACUGGUUGGUGGACAGGAGGCACUGCACACUCAAAUGGCAAACUGCAGUUAUGAGCAUUAGAGAGAAAAUCAAUGCUGCCAUUCAGGAUAUGCCAGAAAAUGAAGAAAUCAAACAACUGCUCUCUGGAUCAUAUAUUCAUUAUUUCCAUUGCUUACAAAUAAUUGAAAUAUUGAAAAAAACAGAAGCGUCCACCAAAAAUAUUUUUGGCAGAUAUUCAUCACAAAGGAUGAAGGACUGGCAAGAGAUUGUAUCCAACUAUGAAAAAGACAAUGUCUUUUUAGCUGAAGUGGCCAGUUUGUUAGUUCGUAAUGUAAAUUAUGAAGGGCCUGCUUUAAGGAAACAGGUGUCUAAAGCUCAGCAACUACAGCAGGAGCUGAGUCGACGAGAAGUGGAGUGUCAGAGAGGCGCUGCAGACAUGAGGGAAGGGUAUUACACGGCCUGUAAGCAGUACGGUAUAAAGGGUGAAAAUGUGGCAAGGGAGUUGCAAGCACUGGUUAAAGAUCUGCCUGUUGUUUUAGAGGAAGCUGGUAAAAAAGCAGUCUGUCUGGAAGAACCUCUAGAAUUUUACACAGCCUUCACGAAUUUCGCCUGUGGCUGGUCUGAGGAAGUACUACCCAUGUUGAGGUUUGUCCAGAAGAAAGGAAACACAACUGUGUAUGAAUGGAAAACGGGAAAUGUGCCCACAGUUAUUGAGAGACCUUUGAUGGAGGAAGCACCACCUGAUGUUGUCACAGAAGAGACGAUUGACUGGGGUGACAUUGGGAGUGGUGCUGCGACAGAGGAGGUGAAUUUUGGGAUCACUGUGGAGGAUGGCGUGGACUGGGGUAUAAGCCUAGAAUCUGGCGCAGAGGAAACUGGUGGUGUUGACUGGGGAGAUGCUGAAUCUGCCCUGGUGGAAAUUGAAGUUGUGGAUGUGGGCACCGAUUGUCCUGAUGGCAUUGCCAGAGGUGAGGAUGCUCUUUCUCUUUUGGAAAACUCGCAGGCACGUGACCAGUUCAUCGAUGAACUGAUGGAGUUGGAAGUGUUCCUGUGUCAGCGACUGAGUGAGAUGGAUGAAGAAGGUAAUGUGGUUUCUAUGAGUCAGUUCCAGCUCGCGCCCUCAGUGAUCCAGAACCAGACUCCAGAGCGCGUACAGGUCAUGCUGAAAGAGUUGCGUGCCCUGCUCACUGGGCUCACAUCGCAACGAAUGCAGCACCUCUUUAUGAUCCAGGCAUCACCACGUUAUGUGGAGCGUGUGUCUGAUAUACUGCGACAGAAACUCAAGCAGUCUGCUAUCUUACUGCUGAAGUGUGGCACUUUGGCCGAAAAGCGGCAGGAGGCACUUGAGGAACAGGCUAAUUUGGAACCCCGCAUUGAUUUGCUGGCUGCCCGCACUAAGGAACUCCAGAAACUGAUCGAAGCUGACAUCUCAAAACGAUACAACAACCGGCCGGUCAACCUCAUGGGUGUGCAUGUGUGACCAAGAAGACAUUUUUUGUUCCACAGAUAUAUCACAAAAAUAAAUGUUUUAUACUCAAUAAAAUUGUUGGCUUUG